AGGACUAACCGGGCCGCGAUGCGCGGAUGGAUGGCUACCAGUCCUCGUCUCCCUCUCCCGGUUGGCUUCUCGGUUUGUUCGCUUCUUCCUCUUCAUCCUCCUCGUGGCUGUGAGUGAGUGAGGUGGAGGAGGAGACGGUUCACGUGCCUUCCGGAUAGAGGAGCAGGAGUCAACCCGCGCCUUGACUCUGGGGAUCUCCGUCUCUCUCUCCCCGGAUCGCAGGCGUCGAGGACUCGAGGCUUUGAGAGGGGAGAGGAAUCGGCCAAUCUGGAGAGAGAAGUGGAGAAGCCAAGAACGGGCGGUGGUUCUUGGCUCGGUCCUCCGAUGCGUUCAUUUCUUCUUCUCGUCGCGUCUGAUCUCUAACAACGCCCGUCACUGUAGCAAUGCCAUCAGCCAUGGCCGUCGACAGUACCACUCCAGAGUACUGGCUCAACUGGAGGUUCAUGCUCUGCGCGAUCUGGGUCUACUCCUGCAUGGUCCUGGCGUGCUUCUUGAUUUGGAAGCACGAGUGCCCCAGCUCACCGGACGCCAAUGGCGAAGGCGGCAGGGACAGUGAGGAUGCCCGGCCACACCGGGGCCGGGACGCAUCUGGAGUGGUGUAUCUUGAAGAUUGCUGGAAGCCAUGCCUUGAACAGAUCCACCCUGGUUGGCUUCUGGCAUUUCGCGUGGUGUCUUUCUUCGUUUUGGCUUCCCUGCUUGUGGUUGAUGUCGUCGUCGAUGGAUGGAGUGUCUUUCUAUACUACACUCAGUGGACCUUCCUCCUUGUCACCUUAUAUUUUGGGCUUGGCUCGGUGCUUUCAAUUUAUGGAUGCUAUCAAUAUUCUUACAAGGAUGGUGACGAUAGAUCUGGUGCAGAUCAUGGCACAUAUAUCAUUGCUCCAGCAGGAGAAAGUGCAUAUGACCAUUCAACAAAAAAUACUUGUUACACUAAAAUGCAUGGUGGCAAAGAAAUUGCAGGAUUUUGGGGUUACCUGUUCCAGAUCAUGUUUCAGACAAAUGCAGGUGCUGUGAUGAUUACAGAUCUGAUGUUUUGGUUUAUCCUAUACCCUUUCCUUGCCCACAAUCAAUAUGAUAUGAAUUUUUUGCUGAUUGGGACACACUCCAUAAAUGUUGUCUUCAUGAUUGGUGAUACCGUUUUGAAUAGUUUGCGUUUCCCAUGGUUUAGAAUUGCAUAUUUCCUCCUGUGGACAGGCGCUUUUGUUAAUGUUCAGUGGCUCAUCCAUGCUAAUGUGUCGAUCUGGUGGCCUUACCCAUUUCUGGACUUAGCAUUCCCUAAAGCUCCUGUGUGGUAUUUGGUGGUAGCAGUGCUGCAUUUCCCUUGCUAUGCAUUAUUCGCCCUAGUUAUGAGGCUCAAACAAUCUCUACUGGAAAGAUGGUUUCCUCACAGUAACACCUGUGUGUAGCAAGGAAGAAGAUAUAUGGUUUUACAAUUUCCCUCCUGCUACGUCCUGCAAAUACAAAAUACAUGGAGCUGCUGCUCACCAUAGAUUCCACAAAAUCAUAUUGUUCAGGAUUAGAUGAUAUUUCCUAAAGAAUUUUCAGGCAGCAGGUUCUUUGAGCCAGCUGUUUUCUCCUGCUCUUUUCAAUUAGAAAAUUGUACAGUCCAAUAUAUGCAUUCAUCAACCCAUUGUUGCUCUGAUGGAUUUUUCUUUUGUUUCUCUGCAUUGAAAUCAGUUUGGAUCGCCGGGAAAUUAAAUUAAUCUU